AGUGACUUGAUGUAUCAUAAAAAGUCCGGGAUGUAAUUUGGUGAAGCCACAACGUUAUUAUCAAAACAUAAAAUAAAAAACGCAACACAACUACGUUAGUCUGAAACGGUGAAACCUCUGAAGCUCCCGGAGCAACCGAACGCGGGCACCAUUCUACCUUUAAAAGCUAGGCAAUGUAGUUAAGGAAGUAGCAAUGAAGCCAUUAAUACCUAGUUUAGUUCAAAAGUUAGGCAAUGCAGUUAAGGAAGUAGCGAGAAACAAAGGCUCGAGCUGGUGGUACACUCCUCAUGUGGCCGCCGCGUCUCAUGCCAUCGCCGACCGGAUUCCACUGGUCGAUUUCGUACUCGAAGUCCGAGAUGCCAGGAUCCCUUUGUCGUCAAAAUACAAACUGCUGAAAAAAUGUUCAUCUUCUGCGAGGCGAAUUAUAGUUCUUAACAAGACAGACCUUGCAAAUCGCUCAAAGGUGAAGAAAUGGAUGCAUUAUUUUGAAGAACAGGGGAAUGUAGCUUUUGGAGUCAAUUCCCAUAAUAAAGAUAACAUUAAGGAGUUCCUGAAUUUUCUGCAAGCCAGAGUAAGAGAACUGAUAAAUAGUGGGCAUUCUGGUCGUACUAUAACAUUAAUGCUUGUUGGCAUUCCUAACGUUGGAAAGUCUGCCCUUGCAAACUCGUUGCAUCAAGUUGGACGAAUUAGUGCAGCAGAGAAGGGAAAACUAAAGCAUGCUACUGUAAGUCCUCAGCCAGGGGAGACUAAAAACAUUAGCAGCUUAAAGAUUGCUAGCCAUCCUAAUAUCUAUGUGUUGGACACACCUGGUAUUUUGCCUCCUGACAUUCCUGAUGCUGAGCUCUGCUGCAAGCUAGCUUUGACAGGUGCUAUCCAAGACUGCUUGGUUGGGGAAAUAGAGCUUGCUUGGUAUUUUCUAGCAAUCCUUAACCGGAGUGAUGAAUACAAGAAAUGGGCGAAGUUGUGUGCCAUUGAGAAAGACAUGGUAGCAGCCACUAAUGAUGGCUUUGACUUGGAGAAAACACAGAAAAGCCAACAUUUGACAGAUCACACACAGGAUUUCAUCGUAAACAAUGUUCGGAAAACUCUCUUUGAUGCUAUUUCAUCUUUCAAUGGAAACCUGGAUGGUGAAGAAAGCUUGUUACAGCUAAUCAAAGCAGAAUUUGCAGAUUUGAGGAAAGCUUUUUAUUUGCCUUCUGAAUCAGAAGAUGAUGUACAUAAAGUUGCUGCUAAAUUACUCAAUCUAUAUCGUACAGGAAGGCUUGGUCAUUACACCUUAGACCCUAUUCCAAUGAAUACUUGAGCAAGACUCUUUAUCUUUACAUGCAUACAUUACAUAUCUCUCUUUUCUGUGUAAUAGCUCACAAACUACUCUAUCGAGAUGGUGUAAUUAAGAAACGAACUCGUGCUCUAAGAAGAACCUCAAUAGUGAAGUUUUUUUGUUAUA